GGUACGCGGAGCUGCCGAUGUCGGGAGAGGCGCGGGGUGUCUCGGGGCAACAGCCGCAAAAGGGGGCGCGGUUCAUGGGAUCGUAGGUGUUUGGGUCGGGAGGGGCCAGCCCGACCUCUGCCUGGGCAGCGACACCCCCUCGCCCCCGCCAGGUGCCUGUCUAGCCGCCUCUUAAAGGCCCCGAGGGGGGCACCACGUCGUGGCCUGCAUCCCGCAUCCCGCAUCCCUCCCUCGAGCAGGGGCUGGGUUCCUCCAGGGGAGGCAGCAGCAACGUCUUCCUCCGCCACCUGCGUGAGGAGAGAGGCUGGAGGCAGCGCCUUGGGCGCCCACUCGAAAGAAAAUCGAGGCCUGGUGACGGAGGGUACGUCUGAGCCCGAGACGCUGGUGUCGGUGGCACCCAGCCCCAGUGCGGCGCGGGCGGCGCUCUGCUCGCCCGCGAAGCCCACUGUGCGGGGCAGGGAGGGCAGAGGGGCGUCGCGGCCCAGGACAAGCAUCCAGAGAGCGGCAGCGGCAGAGGGGGACUCACUCGGGGCAGAAAGAAGUUGCACGCCGGCAGCUGUCGGCACCAGAUGUGCCAGGGGUGCCUCCAGAGCAGCUGGAGACAGCAGAAGCCCAGAAGGAGAGUCCCUGCUUCCGGGACAGAGAGAGAGCAGCGAGCGGUUCGUCACCCUGCGCAGCCCUCAGGAGAAAGGCAGGGUGGGGACCAAGCUGGAGCCAGUGCUGAACCAGACACAAGCAGAGGAGAAUGGCGAGCAUCCGGUGCUUGUUAGGGAGCCCAGGCGCCCUAAGUCCAUCCUGCUGAUGCCUCAGUGUAGAGAGGCCAAGAAGGAAGCAGGGCACGUGACGUUUCAGGACAACCUUGAGGAAUACACCAUCCCUGAAGAGAGCUGGUCAGUGCGGCCUCUCCUGGGCUAUGACUGGAUUGCAGGGCUGCUGGAGACAGAUUCUUCAGUGUCGGAGAAGUCUGAGCAGUACUUUGCUGAGCUCAAGGAGUUCCGGCUGGUGAACAAGGAAGCAUGUGUAUAUGAGCAAUGCCUCGAGCCAGAGUCCCUGGAUUACUUGGCUCCUGAACAAGACGUGGACUUGGUUCCCACUUCCCAUCAAUGUAUCUACUGCUACCGGCUGAACAAGCGCCUCUUUCCUGUCCCUGUGGACUCGGCAUCUGCCUGCCCCAUAUGUAAGACCCCAAGAGCCCAACGGCCCCCAGAGACGCUGGAGGAACCUGCCUUCAUCAGGGUCAGCAUUCCCAGGGCCACCCUCCUGCCAGCCCACAAAUACAAAAUCCACCGCAGGAAGAGCUUUGAGGCAGCAGACAACCUGGCUUUACCCUCGCACUGCCUUGUUGGCUGGGAAAAUGUCAUCCCCUUUGGCAGCCCCACAAUGAGCAGUUUGGACCUGCGGACUUCACUGGAAGAGAAGCCCACUGACCCAUUCCCGUCUGAACUUGGCAUCCAGAGUGUCAGGAGGAACUAAGACAGACCAUCUGCUGCAUCUGUCCCGCUCAGCCUUUUUCAAAUUUAACAGUGCUUCUCAGCAGAGGGAUCAAGACAAACCACUCUACGG